AUGACUAUACCCCGCCGUUCUUUACUUUCCACGCUCCUUUUCUUCGCGUUGGGCGUCGCCGCCAACCCCGCCGUCAUCAAUCAAUCGCCAAUAAAGCUUGCGCUAUUCAGACAGCAUAACUUCACCAGCGCCCACAACCUCGUCACUCAUGAUCAAGCUCGCGCGCAGCAGUUGAAAAAUCGCGCAUCCAAGGGGAAUGCUGGUGUUCUUGUCAACACGCCGAUCACGAAUCAAGCUGUCACUUACACCGCGUCGGUUGGCGUCGGCAACCCGCCUACAACUUAUUCGCUUCUCAUCGACACAGGAAGUUCCAAUACCUGGGUCGGCGCCGACAAACGAUACCAGAUCAGCACAACCACCCGACCUACCUUAAAUUUAGUUACGGUUACCUAUGGAUCAGGAUCUUUCAAAGGGCUUGAGGUGACCGACUCCCUCACAAUUUCUCCAAACGCAGUUAUCAAGUCUCAAUCGAUCGGUGCUGCAUUCACGUCUCAAGGGUUCAACGGUGUAGAUGGCAUUCUCGGCAUCGGCCCAGUCGACCUGACAGAAGACACUUUGUUUCCCGCGACAAGCGCAACAGUCUCGACGGUGACAGACAAUUUAUUCAGCCAAGGCCUCAUCCCUGCCAACCAGGUUGGUAUCUAUUUUGCGCCAACUACUCAACAAUCGGUUCAGAACGGGGAGCUUACCUAUGGUGGAACCGAUAGCACCAAGUACACAGGCACGAUUAGCUACACACCGGUAACGUCGACCUCACCCGCUAGCAAUUACUGGGGAAUCAAUCAGUCUAUUCGUUAUGGAUCUUCGACGAACAUUCUUUCGACAACUGCCGGUAUCGUCGACACCGGAACUACCCUGAUCCUGAUCGCCAGUGACGCUUUCAGCAGAUACAUGUCAGCCACCGGUGCCGUUCCUGACUCGAACACUGGUCUCCUUCGCAUCACCACCGCCCAGUAUGCAAACCUGCAAAGUCUAUAUUUCACCACGGGCGGCGUCACGUAUACCCUCACAGCCAAUGCUCAGCUGUUUCCCCGUUCUCUCAACACGCUUAUUGGCGGCACGGCCGGCAAGAUUUACCUCAUUGUCGCCAAUCUUGGAUCCCCAAGUGGCCAGGGACUCGAUUUCAUCAACGGUUACGCGUUCCUUGAGCGGUUCUACUCUGUCUUUGACACGACCAACAAGCGAGUUGGAUUCGCCACUACUGCUUACACAACGGCGACUACCAAUUAAGCGUACACACCAUGGUCGUUUUUUUUUCUUUUGGGUUCUUGGGACAGGUGGGAUGAUUUUUUUAUUUGGGUAUGAGCUGGAUGAAUUAAUGCGACGGCGGUUUCGGAUACCAUAUACUAUUCUACAUAAUCACUAAUCUGACAUGAAUUCACGCACGAUGGACACCAUUCGCACUGUUGCUUCGCGGAAACAGUUGCUUCGAAUCUUACUUGAUUUCAAGGGUUCGACUAGCUGAGUAUCUGACAGAGCGCGGACUCGUCGAAGAGAUAUCGUAUCAGAAAUCGAUCGGCCAGUGACUCGUACGCGUAAACCGACCAACACGAAGAAUGUCGGAAGUCGUCUUUGCCACAUCCUUUUGUACUUGCCUUUUGAAGCAUGCCAUGUUGUUUUUUGU